CUUCAGUCACUGUUCGAUGCGCAGCGGCAGAAGUGACGGAAUAAGGAGCUGAAGCUUUUGUGUAUAUACAGGAUAUAGGCCUAGGCAUAUCACUUUAAUUAAAUAUAUUCAGGUAGGCUGUCGACGGAGAUAAUGUUGUGCGUUAGAGUAUGUGGUCAAUUUGGGGUCGUGUUCGUGCAAGGAUACAUUGGGAAUUAAGGUUUUUAAACAAAGUCUCGGCAGAAUCCAAACCAAAAGAGAUGUAUGGAUUUAUCAAUACCUGUUUGAAGUCGCUGGUUGUUGACAAGUUUGGCGAGGAGACAUGGAUAAAGCUCAGAGAUGAGGCCGGGGUUCAAGAUACAUUCUUGACAUAUGAAGUGUACAAAGACGACAUCACCAUGCAACUGGUGGCUGCGGCCUGCAAGCUACUUGAUGUUAAACCAGAGGUGGUGUUGAGACAAUUUGGGGAAUACUUUUUUGACUUUUGUAAACGAUCUGGAUACGACCACAUGUUACGGACUCUGGGAGGGAACCUGUUCGAGUUUAUCGAGAAUCUGGAUGCACUGCACAGCUACCUCGCCCUUUCUUACAAGGAGAUGAACGCGCCAUCAUUUCGAGCGGAGAGGAACGGUGACAGCACGAUGUUUCUUCACUAUUACUCCGACCGCCGAGGCCUAUGCCAAAUUGUACCCGGUAUCAUUGAAGCUGUAGCAAAAGACUUCUUCAACAGCGAGAUAACGAUGGAAAUCGUCAACCAAAUAGAGGAACUAGAGAGGACAGGAAAGAAGGAGCAUGUAGUAUUCCUUGUCACUCAGAAACCGACAUUUUCGAAUGUAAUGUGCAGUAACAAGCUCUCUCAGACACCGCCAUGUUUGCCAAGAGGCCCUAGGCGCAACGCAAUGCACUGGAACCCAAACAAGGAGGACAUACAGAAAUCAUUGCAGAGGAAACUCCAAUCUCAGGGAUUUUCCAUGUGUCGGAACCAUUGGGAGACUGUGAGGGGGUUGGUCCAGCUUGGGAAGGGCAAACUCUUGAGAGGAUUUGAGCCAGUCUACCCGAAGAACCUUUGCAUCGACCUGAAGACAUUUUGCAAUGCCUUUCCCUUCCAUAUAGUGUUCGACAAGGAGCUGAUGGUGAGACAGGCGGGGGUGAACGUCCAGAAGAUCGUCCCCGGGCUGCAGACCAUGAGCAUUCACCUGGAUCAGUACUUCAGUAUCGUCCACCCCGAGGUCACCUUCACCAUCUCCAGCAUCAGGAAAUUCAUCAACAGCCACUUUGUCCUGCAGACGCGACGGGACAUGAUGCCCGAGGCCUGGAGGGAUAGACCCAUGCUGGAGCUCAGAGGUCAGAUGUUGUGGAUGGAGUCUCUGCAGUGCAUGCUGUACCAGGCCUCCCCUUUGCUGCGGAGCCUCCACGAGCUGGAGGAGAGGAGCAUGCACAUCUCUGACAUCGCCCCUCACGACGUCACGCGGGACCUCAUCCUGCUCAACCAGCAGCGGCUGGCCGAGAUGGAGCUCUCCAACCAGCUGGAGAGGAAGAAGGAGGAGCUCCGACACCUGUCCCAGCAUCUGGAGGAGGAGAGGACCAAGACGGAGAACCUGCUGUACGCCAUGCUGCCCAAACAUGUGGCCAACCAGCUGAAGGAGGGGAAGAGAGUGGAAGCAGGAGAGUUCAAGGAGUGCACCAUCCUCUUCAGUGAUGUGGUCACCUUCACCAACAUCUGCUCGGAGUGUGAGCCCAUCCAGAUCGUCAACAUGCUUAACUCCAUGUACCUCAAGUUCGACCGGCUCACCACAGUACACACAGUUUACAAGGUGGAGACCAUAGGUGAUGCCUACAUGGUGGUAGGUGGCGUGCCCAUCCCAGUGUCCAGCCAUGCUGAGAGGGUGGCCAACUUCGCCCUGGGCAUGGUCAUAGCAGCUAGGGAGGUUAUCAACCCCAUCACAGGGGGGGCUAUCCAGAUCCGGGUGGGUGUACACAGCGGGCCAGUUCUAGCUGGUGUGGUGGGGGAGAAGAUGCCUCGGUACUGCCUGUUCGGAGACACAGUAAACACGGCGUCUCGCAUGGAGAGCCACGGCCUCCCCAACAAGAUCCACCUCAGCCCCAGUGUUUACCUGGUGCUGAAAGACAAAGGCUUCAUGAUCCAGGAGCGAGGGGAGAUCGAUGUGAAGGGGAAGGGCAGGAUGUCCACCUACUUCCUGGAAGGGAACCUGACCGCCACGGAGCACGAGAUCAUGGGCCGUUCAGUUAAUGAGGCCGACUCGGGCCGUGCGUCUGUACAGUCGGCACGGGACUGCAACACAGAGGCAGCCCUGUACAGACCGGCCAUCCAGAGGGUGCAGAGUGAGGACAGGAAUCCUGUAGUGCCCAUGGAGUAUGGAGACAGCCUUGCCGACCCGCCGCCCUCAGUCCAGCUCACUGAACCCCAGCCACAAGUCAGAGCCAAGAGCCUCAAAGUGGUGACACACGGGAGGUGUGUGUGUUUCACAGGAAAACCUCGGGACUCAGAGAGCUACGGCAGUCUCCACAGUGACAACAAGUCAGUGGAGGGAGGUCUCCCCAAACCAGACCACCAGCUGACCAGAGCAACCUUGUCCCAGAGUUCCACUCCCAUAGAGGCUGAGGCUCCUCAUUCCACCAAACACAUCCGGACCAGUUUCUGUGUGGUCCUCUGAGCUGUUGUAGUACUAUCCAGACUAGUCACUGUAGCCCCGUUUAUACCUGUUGCUAACACAUAUGUCCUUGAUCCUGAUCUUGUCAUCAUUCUGAUUGUGCCCACAUUUUAGCUGUUGCUAUUAAAUAUUAAAAUGUGUCUCUUAUCCUUGUGACCAGAUUUCCUGGUACCUCCAAGUAUGCAAUACAAUAAUUUUAGGCACAUAUUGAUAAGUCAAUGGUGCCAACUAUCAAUGAUUUUAGAGGGAGGGAUAAUGAUGAUUUAACAAGUUUUACUGUCCAGAUCCGCCUAAGAUGUUCAGACACAAUGCUUCCAUAACUACCUCCAGAGGUUGUCAGGAACAUGAGAUCACAAUACAUAUUCUAAUCGUCUACACCUGUCUAAAAAGGUGGGCACAAUUCGAAUGUGAACAAGAUCAGGCAAAGGACGCAUGUUAGCACCAGGUAUAAACUGAGCUUAACCUGUUCAGGAUACCACGGUUUACUGCCCCUUCUGGAGGAUUUGGGUACCCAUAUAAAACAAGAUAA